AUGACUUGGAAUCUUCAAAAUUACUUAAUCCCAUGUGUCUGCCUUGGUUUCAUACUCCUUCGCAACAAUCACUCUCCCACAGUCCCACUCAUUGUCAACCAUGGCAGAUCCUGUCUACCCUCCAUCAAAGCCGAAAGGCGCAGCCGCCGUUAAACCAACACCACCACCGACUAACAAACCCCAACUUUACAACCCUAAUCUCAAUCGCCACCCGUACCGCCCCAACCCUAACAUAUAUCACCGCAAUCGCCGUCGAAGCUACUUCUGCCUAUGCUGUUUCUGGUCAAUCUUAAUCAUAAUCCUCCUCCUCCUCCUCGCCACCAUCACAGGCUGCAUCCUGUACCUCCUUUACCGGCCCCACCGUCCAACAUUCUCAAUCACAGCAAUCAAAAUCUCCCGGUUCAACCUCACCACCACCUCCGACGAUACAACCCGCCUCACAUCCAACCUCAAUCUUACCCUUUCCACCAAAAACCCAAAUAAGAAAGUAGUGUUUUACUACGAUCCAAUCACCAUCACAUGCUUAUCAGAGGAAACCCAAAUCGCGAAUGGGUCCUUUACUAAUUCGUUAGUCAGUAAUCCCAAUAACAUCACCAUCAUACGCUCAUCAUUGUACAGUAACUCUCUGCUUCUGGAAACGACUAUAGUGAAUCAGAUCAGAUCAGAUCUGAAGAAGAAAUCUGGAUUGCCAUUGAAGAUAUUACUUGAUACUGAAGCUAGAGUGAAGAUCGAAUCGAUUAGAACCAAAAAAGUUGGGAUUCGAAUUGAAUGCGAAGGAAUUCAUAGCCUCGUUCCAAACGGUGGUGGUGGUAAGUCUAAAAAUUCAUCAACUUCUGUGACUGCUACUGUUUCUGAUGCUAAAUGCAAGGUGGAUCUACGGAUCAAGAUCUGGAAAUGGACUUUUUCAAGUUAGCAAUCUUCACACGAUUUAAUUUGAAUUUGAUUUUUUUUUUCCUUUUAUUUUUGAGUUACUGUGGGUUUGGUUCAUCCUCGUUAGAUCAGAAGGAUGGUCCACCAUGGAAACACUUCUUACAGUCUUACUUGUAAUAUGAUUUAUUGUGUUUAUUGACCGAAGAAACGUUGACUAUAUAUCGUUAAUGCUGA